AUGCGAGGUGAGUGGAAUGGAUUAAAAGCUUUGGUUUCAAAUGAUUGUCCAUAUGCUUACUACAUUCAUUGUUUUGCACAUCGCUUGCAAUUAGCAUUAGUGGCAGCAUCAAAAGAAGUUAUUCUUGUUCAAAGUUUUUUUAAUAGAUUAUCAUCUAUUGUCAAUGUUGUUGGUGCUUCAUGCAAGCGUACUGAGCAACUGAAAAAAGCUUAUGCUGAUCAAAUUGCAUAUUUUGUUGAAAUUGGUGAGCUUGAAACUGGAAGAGGACUUACUCAGAUUAGCACAUUACAAUGGGCUGGAGAUAUUCGUUGGGGUUCUCACUUGAGAUCAAUUUCUAGCUUGGUAAAUAUAUUUAGUCCAACAUGUGAAAUUUUACUUAAGAUCAUCAAGGAAGGAAAUACUACUUCCCAACGAGAAGCAGCAUACUUAUGUUAUCAUGCUAUGAUUUCUUUUGAAUUUGUGUUCAUUUUGCAUCUCAUGAAAGAAAUUAUGAAGAUCAUUGAUGCACUUUGUCAAGCUUUGCAGUGUCAGUCUCGAGACAUUUUAAAUGCGAUGAAUUUUGUUUCAUCCACUGAAGCACUUAUUCAAAAAUUCAGAGAUGAAGAGUGGGAUAAUUUACUUACCACUGUGAAAUCAUUUUGUGAGGCACGUGAUAUAGAUGUCCCAGAUAUGAAUGCUCGUUAUGUUGAGAGAGGAGGUCUAGCUCGUUAUCAACAAGAUGACUUCACAAUUGAGCAUCAUUAUCGGUUUAGUAAGCAUGCGGUGGAAUUGCUUGAUCUUGGUUCAGCUCUUGAUCCUAAAGAGGCACGUGAGUCCUUUAGAAGUAUAGACAUUUUGUUGUUAGUAAGCAAGUUUUAUCCGAAAGACUUCACAAAUCAAGAAAUGAUACAUUUAAAGGUAGAAGUUGAUCAUUAUGAGCACAAUGUAGUUCGGCAUCCAGACUUCAAGAAGCUAUCAAUUUCUAUUGCAACUACAGAGCGAGCAUUUUCAGCCAUGAAUAUUAUCAAGAAUAGGCUUCGUAACAAGAUGGAAGAUGAUUUUCUAAUGACUCUAUGA